AUGGCGAUCGGGUUCUACACUAUCGAAGAGCUGGCACAAUGGCUGACACGGAGGCAGUACGUCGAUUUCUUGCAGAUCUUUCUUACCGCCCGCCACCUUGUCUACCUUUCGCAGUCCUAUCCACCACAUUCAGCCAUGCUCGCCUUCACCACUGAACUCGUUCUCUGCGUACUCUCUGUGCUGGUAAUUUCUGCGUCGGCAGUGCCCGCUGCACCGACCAAAGUGGGGAUGGACUUGCCCAAGGGUGUCCCGAAGGUGAACGAUCACACUGGCGCAGCUAUAAACGUGCCUCACAAGAAGCGUGCCAUCUGCGAGUUUGCCGUUCCUGGAGAAUACCCGGGACCCGCGAAUGAGCCUUUCGCCGGUGCUAAUCCAGUUCGGAGGGAGGUGUGUCACGAGUGA